AUGUCGCGGCGCGUCGGCGAGGCUUCCGCGCCGGUCCCCGGGCCGAACCGCCCUCUUCCCCCGGAGCUGCCGGCGGAGACGGUGGUGGCGCGGCUGCGGGCGGUGGCGCGCUUCCUGGGACGGAUGCUUUCGCUGUGCCGGGCCCACACGGUGGACUUCUACACUCGCGGCCUGUGGGAGAAGAUGGUGGCGCUUCCCCCGGAGGCGGUGCUGGAAGCGCUGAGCGGAGAGAGGCUUCAGCAGCUCCUGGAAGAGCCGCCUCUGCAGCGCCCCCUGGAGGAGGCCGCCGAUAGCUGUGAGUUUUACAACAUUUUCUGUGAAAAUUCUCAGAGGCUGAUCAACGUGCAGGCUUUUGCUCUCGCUGCUAAAUAUUACUCCAUGCCAAACCUUGGCGUGUGUAUCUCCUUAGAACAGAUGCUAGAAGCACUAGAAAGGACACAGCAGCCAAGGUCAGAAGUAGAGAUAAAAACAGAUGACUUCAUGAACAAUAAGAAGUCACAUGAAGUGCAGCUGAUGUCGGAGUUAGUAGACGGCAUUGCAAAGUAUUAUGGCCUAAACCAGGUUAUUGACCUGGGAUCUGGAAAAGGCUACCUGAGCUCCUUCUUGUCAUUGCAGUAUAAUCUGAAGGUUUACGGAAUUGAUUCCUCAAACACAAACACCCACGGAGCUAAUGAAAGGAACAGGAAAUUGAAGAAACACUGGAAAGCCUAUCAAAGGCGGGGAAGAGCAAAUGUCAGAGAGCAAGUGUUGGCAGAGGCAAAUGAAAGGCCACAGCAAGAUAAAGGGAAAUGUAAAGCAAAUAUCAGUGAAAAGCUCUUAAGCACUAAUAACAGUCUUCAAAGUCAGGCCCAGGUGGCUGCUCCAGAUUCCAUUCUUUUUGAAACAGCUGAUGUUUUCACAGACUCUGAUAAGUGUAUUACUAACAAACAGUAUGAACUUCACUCGGGGGCUCAGCUGCAGCCCGAAGAGAGCAACAUUCCGGAAAAUGUAUUCCUAAGUAUUCUGCCUGCUGACGCUGUGGAAACUGACUGCUCAACCAGAAGUAAUUGUAGGGAGCUCUGUGAAGAGGAGAAAGAGCGAAGGAAGAUGGCUUCCCUUAAAGAGAAAGCAAGCCGGUCAAAAGAAGCCAACGUAUAUUCUCCAUUAAUGUCAUACGUCACUGCAGAAACAGAGCUGCGAGACAUUGUUGAAGAUCUGGAGGACUGUGUAAUGGUGGGUCUACAUACCUGUGGUGAUCUUGCUCCGAGCACCCUGCGACUUUUUACUGCUAAACCUGAAAUCAAGGCAGUUUGCAGUGUCGGCUGCUGUUACCAUCUUCUGUCAGAGGAGCAUGAAACUCAGGAAGAUGUCCUUCACGGAACACUGGGUUUUCCCAUGAGCCGGUAUUUAAAGGAAGAGGGCUGGUUCUGUGGUCGCAAUGCCAGAAUGGCAGCCUGUUUGGCUCUGGAACGAGUUGCUGUUGGCCAAGUGCUGCCUACAGAAUCCUUGUUUUAUCGAGCUGUCCUCCAGGUUAUUGUAGAAGAAUUUUAUGGAGUCAAAAGAAGUGAUCGUAAUAUUGGGAAAGUAUAUUCUAAAUCAUCUUCCUUCUUGGAUUAUGCUCGAAAAGCUUUUAAAAAGCUUGAACUCGAUGAGUCAGAGAUUUCAGACAGCCUCAUAAUGGAGUACUUUGAAAAAUACAAGCACAGAAUGAAUGAGCUGGAAGCUUUUAAUAUGUUGAAAGUUGUUCUGGGACCUUGUAUUGAGGUGCUGAUUCUUCUAGAUCGUCUCUGCUACCUCAAAGAACAGGACAACAUUGCCUGGUCUGGACUGGUAAAAUUAUUCGAUCCCAUAAAAUCACCCAGAUGCUAUGCAGUUGUGGCUCUGAAGAAACAGACUUUCACAUGCAAGUAAAUUGAUCUAAUGCUGGGAACUGAUACUGCUAUUGUACUUUAAACACAAAGGUUUCUUUUUACACUUACUCUGCUGUUAUCAACUGUUCUGUUAAUGGCUUCUUUUUAAAGUUUUCAUGUUUUAUAAAUCAGGAAAUAUGUACAAGAAAAACAAAAAUAAACUAUCCUUUGUAUACCAUCAA